CAGUCACUACCCGGAACUCGUCGAGCCAUGCAUGUUGCAUACAGUUUACAAUCACUUACUUUCUUUGAUAUUGGAGUGUCUUAAGUGAGUAUGGAGGAAGUAGUUCUGAGUGAUGACCUUGUGAUCGCCCUUUCCGAGCAAAUUAAUAUAACACUUUAUCCAGUCAGCCAUUUUGCCGUCGACCUGGGCUUCGAUUCCGCCGCUGCUAGCGCAGCGGAUGAGCUGGCAAUUCAGAAACAGCAUCCGCAUGGGAAAUACGAGUAUCUUCUACACAAGUUUGUCGCCACUCAUGGUCGGAGGGCGAAAGCUGCUCAAGUUCUCAUCGAUAUAUUCAAAGUCAAACAGAAGAUGCUCCUUGUCGACUUUCUUAAAGAAGCUAUCGAAACUCAAAACGCCCUGAAACAGUCUGGACGUAGACAAGAGCCUGGACAUGCAGAGGGACAGGGGCAGACUGGGACUGAAAUUCGCCCCUUAAAUGCUGUAGCAGGUCUGAGCUUGAGCUUGAUUGUAGCUUUCUUGGCUAUUGUGGUGGCUUGCAAUUGGAAUAAUCCACCCACUGAAUUAAUAGCAGAAACCUUCAGCCUUGAAGAGUGUCAAGACACAUUACGGAAACACUAUGAGAAACACCUCUUUAACGUUCGCAUCAAGCCGUUGGAUCCAUUAAAUGACGUGGACCUAGAAAAUCUCUACACGACCGUCAGCCUCUACAAACAAGACAAGAAUAAUAUUCCGGACGAAUCCUUACAGAAGUCUACUUUAAACGGAUCAGUCAACGAUAUAUUCCAGACUAAAGUUGGUGGAUCGUUGCCAGAAAGAAUUGUGUUGUUUGGGGAGGCUGGCCGGGGAAAAACUACAGCUGUAGCGAAAAUGGCUUAUGAUUGGGCUAAUAAAAAAGAAGACUCCCCUUUAAAGAAUGUGAAGUUGCUCUUUGUCUUCAAGAUGAGAAACAUAAAUGCCAAGACAGAAAUAACAGAAGCCAUUAUUACGUUGCUGGGGAAGAAAUACAAGAAGUAUCAAAAACAGCUUGAAGAUUAUAUCGAUUCUCAUGAGAAGGAUAUUGUCAUGCUCUUCGACGGUUAUGAUGAAUUUAGUGGAGGGCUAGAAAAGUGCAGGAAAAACGUAGGUGACGUCAUUGAUAUAUUGUGUCAGGAGAGAUGUAGGCGAUGUCGGGUCUUGGUAACGUCUCGCCCCGUUAGGAUGAAAGACUUCUUUUCGAGAAAAUUCUACUACUCCAGGAUGGUUAUAGAAGGAUAUUCUCAACAGCAUGCCAUAGAUUUCAUCGAUAAAUUCUUUCUUUCCAAUAAAAAAAAAGGAACAGAACUGAAGAAAUAUUUGGAAGAAGACAUCGUUACCAACGAAAUGAUUGCCACGCCCCUAUUUUGCACUAUGGUGUGUACUUUGUGGAAUCAUGGCUAUAUGAAUGGACACUACACCCGAACGAAAUUGUUUGAUGAUAUCAUGGAGUUCUUGAGGACACACCUGAAUGCUAAGGAUGAGCGAGAUAUAGAGAUCAAGCAAGACCUGCUCAGCGAUACACUUGUUUCAGUCGGGCGAGUUGCCUAUACGAAAUUAAGCAACAGGAGUGAUCUGAAUCCAUUGGUGUUUAGUGAGGACGAUUUUAGUGAAGUUCAUGAUGAUAACGUGGACAUCAGCUUCUCACUUGGUCUGUUAACAAAGAACAUGAAGACGAAUAGUGACGUCAUCAUCCACAUUGAAUUUUUCCACAAGUUAGCGCAGGAAUAUUCAGCAGGGAGAUAUCUUGCAAGUGGCCUCGAUGAAGGAAAAAUCAGCACCAUUGGCUUUUCAGAAGUAGUCUUUGAUCUAAAAGAGAUCUUCCUGUUUGCAUCAGGGACAUCGGUCUUGGCGUGCCGAAAUAUUUUGGCAUCUCUCAUGGCAGGUUACUGCUCAAGUUUCUUUGACACAACGCUCUAUCAAUAUCAGCAAAUCAUCUUAGAUUUCAUUAGCGAGGGAGGAACUUGUGCAGAGGAUUCUGAAACAUAUGUGACAUGUUAUUUUAAACAUGGACUCGAACUCCACAAAGUUACAGCAUCAACCGUGGUUGGAUUUGAGAAACUACCAAGAUCUGUUAAGGAGAAGGUAAUAUAA